GAAUCAGAGGAAACAUCUGGAUGGGAGUCUGAAGGCACAGCUGGAUGUUUGUCCGGGAUGGAUCACCGAAACUCCACCCACCUCCCCACCAACCAAUCAGACUUCAGCAGCGUGUUCACCCACCAGGUGCUGCCGCCGCUCUACCUGGUGAUCUGCGUGGUGGGCGUGGCUCUGAACGGCGUGGCGGCCUGGAUCUUCUUCAGGGUUCCUGCUGACUGCGGCCUGGUGGUCUACCUGAAGAACAUGGCGGUGGCCGACCUGCUCAUGCUGUCCACCUUCCCCUUCAGGCUGGCGGCUCAGCUGGGCCUCGGCGGCUGGCGGCUCGAGGUCAUCAUCUGCCGCUACACCGCUGUGCUCUUCUACUCGUCCAUGUAUGUGGGGAUCCUCUUCAUGGGCUUCAUCAGCCUCGAGCGCUAUGCCAAGAUCGUCCGACCGUCGCCGUCGGCCUCCUCGUCCACCUGCAGGUCCAGGCUGGGCGGAGCCUCCUCUCUGCACCUCCUGCAGAGAGCCGGAUUCGCCCGGGUCCUGGCGCUCUUCACAUGGAGUCUCCUGAUCCUGUGCGUCCUUCCCAACGUCAUCCUGACCAGCCGGCCGGCCGACGAGCUCACCUCCAAGGACUGCAUGAAGCUGAAGACGCCGCUGGGCGUCCACUGGCACAAGGUGUCCAUUUUCUUCAAUGUGUCGCUGUUCUGGGCGACGCUGCUGGUCCUCGUCUUCUGCUACGCCUCCAUCGCCCGCCGUGUCUACCAGUCGUACCGCCGCGUCCGCCGCGACAACAGCGACGUCUGCCGCAAGUCCAAUCGCAGCAUCUUCAGCAUCCUGGUGGUCUUCUUCAUCUGCUUUGUUCCGUACCACAUCUGCCGGAUUCCCUACACCCUCACCCAGACGGCGUCGGGUUUCAGCCGCGACACUCGCUUCCUGCUGUUCCAGCUGAAGGAGGGGACGCUCUUCCUGUCGGCGCUCAACGUCUGCCUCGACCCCAUCAUCUACUUCCUGAUGUGUCGGACCUUCAGGGAGUCGCUGCUCAGAAAACUGUCCGGACGAGAGAGGAGGAGGUCGCUGACCACCGCCCAGACCCUCAGCAACAUCUAGGAGACGAGGCAAGGAGAUGAAGAGACAAAGAGGGGAGGAGGAGGCAAAGAGACAAUGAUGCAAAGAGAGGAGACGAAGCAAAAAAACAGAGGCAAAGAAACAAGAAGGCAAGGAGAGGAGGGAACUUUUAAGAACUACAAUCUGAACUUUUCUUGUCCAGGAUCUUUCAACCACUCUGACCUGCCUUCAUGAACAUCUGUGUUGCCACGGAAACACAGAUGUUCAAACAUGAACAUUAAGUGUGAAGAUUUUAAUUCAUAUUAUUUCCCAGAAAUGUGUGUAAAUGUGGAGUUGUGAAUGUUUAACAGUAAACAACCACGAGUUUGUAUUCUAGUAUCUGUAAAUAACAGCAGCAGCAGCAGAAAUGUGAUUUUAGUUUUAUUUAAAGUUGAAAAGCAGGAAGGAAAGAAAAGGGAAGGAAGGAGUGGCUUGGAAGUGAAACUGAAACAGUGAUGACUGAGCAUCAAACCUGCGACGCUUCGCUCCGCUGCAGAGUUUAUCACGACACUGACGAUGUUUAACUUCUCAAUAAAUUCAGCUGAUUUGGUUUUGUG